UUGAAGAGCAUGAACUGGGAAGAGGAAGAUGGGAUCCGUGUUGUGAGUGGCACGAGUUUCUUCACCAUGACGACAAUAUUGUAGCUGCAAAGGCCAUUUGUUGUACUGUAAAAUUACAGACCAGAAACUGAAUUUAUAGCUGACAUAUUAACGUAUCAGAAUGUCAGAUUUGGAGGCGCAGGUUGGCUCCAUUUUGGAGAUAAUGGUGAAUACAACGGUAACCGAAAUGACCAAAGUUAUCGGCGGCUCCGCUUCAACACACCCACAAGUGUCCUCAUGUACAACUGAAAACACACCCGGGCCCUCAGAGGAGAAGGUGAUUCAGUUCAGUGUCUUCAUGACAUCUCUGGCUCGAGAAGCUGUGGAGAAGAUCUGCCAGCUCUUCCAUGACUGCUCCUCUCUGCUGCAGUUAGAGGUGACACGGGGUGUUGCAGAGAUUGAGGACCUGAGGCAGAGACUGGAGGUGGCAGAGACGGAGCUGAAGCUGGUACUGGGGGGCAGCGGUGGUCAGAAGGAGGUAGAAGAGCUGACAGAGGGAAGCAGUGGAGAGAAGGAGGACAGUGGGGCUCCGACCAACGGCGCAGAGGGAGAGACUGUUCAUAGCCAGCGCUCAGGGAGGAAGUGUCGCAGAGUUGUUGCAAGCGGUGAUGCUGGAGUGAAGAGAUCACCUAUAAUUCACCUGUGGAAAGGCAGAACUUAUGAGGACUGUGUCCAACCUGUGAUAAUAAAGGAGGAGGGAUUGGAGCCUUUUGCAGACCAGGCGUCCUCUGAUUCUGGUCAGUUCAAGGAUGACUUGGGCCAGGACGAUGAUGACGACCCAGACUACCAGUUGGAACCAGAAGAUCCAGAUGAAGGUGACCCAGGAUUCCCCACCAGACCUAAACGUGUCACAAAGCCCAAGUCCCAUCGAGGUCGAGCAAAGAAGGAGAGUCACAGCCAGAACCAGCAGCCUCUGAGCUGCAAACACUGCAGAAAAACCUUCACCAAGCUGCUGCAGCUGAAAGCCCACCAGGCCGUCCACGGGGCGAACGCAGAGAAGCCCUUCAUCUGCUCUCAGUGUGGCAGAGGCUUUUCAUUCCAGCGAAGCCUCAAUGCACACAUGCUGCUUCACACAGGUGAGAGACCACACACCUGUGAUGUUUGUGGAAAGGGUUUCACCUUGAAGCAGCUGCUGAGGAACCACCAGCGUCUCCACGCUGAGGUGCGGCCGUUUCGCUGUGAACAAUGUGGAAAGAGCUUCUAUCGAGCCCACGGCCUGAAAAUGCAUCAGAUGGUCCACACAGGAGAGCGGGCCUAUAACUGCCAGUACUGCAACAAAAGCUUCACAAUACAAGGUAACCUGCAGCGCCACCUGCGAAUACACACAGGGGAAAAGCCAUUCAGGUGCGAGACUUGUGGCAAAAGCUUCAACCAGGCUGACACUCUGAAAGGCCAUCAGCGGAUACACACUGGUGAGCGUCCCUUCAGCUGUGAGACCUGUGGCAAAUGUUUCAUCCAGAAGAGUGCCUUGAAAAUGCACCAGAAGACUCACUCUCACUCAGGCAUGAAGUCCCUGGCAUGCGUAGCGUGCAGCACGAUAGUGGCCUGUGUCGACUCGCUCCGCAAACAUCUCCAGACACAUGCGGCGACUAUUCCGUGUACGUGUGUGCUCUGCGGCAGGCGGCUCAACUCCAUUACUGACUUGCGCUCGCAUCAGCAGCACCACACAGUGGACAGGCCUCACAGCUGCACGCUCUGUGGAAAGAGUUUCAAGUCAUCCAGUUACCUGAAGAUUCACCUGAAGGCGCACAGCGGAGAGAGGCCCUUCUCCUGCGACAUCUGCGGUCGCAUGUUUACACAGCACAGCAGCCUUAAAUCACACCAGGUUGUCCACACAGGAGAGAAACCGUUCAGCUGUGACACAUGCGGGAAAUGCUUUAGCAACACAGGAAACCUGAACAGACACCAGCGCAUCCACACUGGGGAGAAGCCGUUCAGCUGUGACACGUGCGGACGCAGCUUCAACCAGGGCAACAGUCUAAAAGCCCACCAGCAGAUACACACCGGGGAGAAACAGUUUAUGUGCGACAAGUGUGGCAAGAGUUUUUCCUACCUGAGGAACCUAAAAGACCACAAGUGUUUCUACGUCUGAAGCUAAACUGUGACAAGACGUCUGCCCUGGUGACAGAGCGCAUGACGUAAGCUUCCCGUACCUGUUGAGUGAUGGCCGUAGCUACACUGUGGGGUUCGGAUUAGUGAACAAAUAAAUGAAUAACCUUUUAGUUGAAGCUGGAGACUGUUACUGUGUACAUGAUCAUUCUUAAAGGUUCAAGAGGCUUAGGUGAGCACCUUUUUGUGCUUAAAAUGUAAAGGUCCAGUGUGUAGGAUUUAGGGGGAUAUGUUAGCAGAAAUUAAAUAUAGUAAGUAUGUUUUCUUUAGUGUAUAAUCACCUGGAGAAUAGUUUGUUUUGGAGAGGACCUUGCUGAUAAUUAGGCUCUGAGUAAAAACCUCCUGAACGAUGAACACUGAUUGAAUCUUAAUCGGGAGUUCAUGCCUUGCACGUGGGACAAGUUUUUGCCGGUCACCACUAGAUGACACUAAAUCCUACACACGGCUCCUUAAUGAAUUUAAGGCAUUACCUGCCACCAGACAGACUUAUGGUGAGUGAGUCAGGUACGACAGCUUGAAUAAGGUACUAGAGAUCUUGGAAAGAACUGCUGGUAAAUGACUGGGCACAGUCAGAACUACUUAGAAACAAGUAUGUGGUGCCCUACAUUGAAAACAUGGAUAAAAGAAAGAUAACAUGCAACAUUUAUAUGUGGUAAUAACUGACAAUUUGCAUUAACAGUUUGCAUUUCAUUGGAGGCAUCUGCAUGUACGGAGAGCCUUUUAGGCUACGUUCACAUUACAGGCAAAUGUGGCCAAAACACCCAAACACUUUUUUUUUUUUUUUUUGCUCUGAUGUCACACAUCUGACUUUUCCCCCCAACAAUCAUGGUUUUUGCCACAUAAAACUUCACUGCACAGACAUAGAUUACUAAAGAUUACUAACCAUACAGUGUUGGAGUGGUCCGUUGAAACUUCAGAAGGCUGCUAUAGCCAUACCUCUGCUAUAGCAGAGGUAUGGCUAUAGCAGCCUUCUAUAGCCAUACCUCUGCUGCCUUAUGCUGCCUCAGUCACCUCCCGAUAGAGUCUGACUGCCAGACGCUUUUUGAUGGGGACAACUUGCCUACAUGCCUUGAAAGUAUUGUCUUGGGGCGCCAACAGAGAUAGUAGAAGGCAGCCCUGGCCAUUCUAAGAUUUGGAAGAACUGUGUCUAUGGAAAACCCUCCACGUUGCGGCCCCACCACUCCUGACUCCUCUCUGGCCACACCCACACCCUCCUCUUAACAAAACUAAAAGCAAUAGCUGCUAAUAGAGCUAGUGGACUGAAAGCCCAUUUGUAUAAACGCCCAUUGCUUUAAAGGGCUAUUUCUCCGAAAAUAUGCCACACACUUUCCCAAAUAGAAGCAAAUGGCUAAUUAUUACGCAGAAUGAUGGCACUGGACCUUCCUACUAUGGACAAGGGCAGAAAGAUCGGAUCUGGGGAAAACAUCAGAAUUGAGUGGUAAGCCGUGUAAUGCGAACGUGCCCAUAGUUCUUUAUCUCAAUAUAUUUGUAAGCAGGGUUUGUCGGCAGAUGUCAGAAAAGUCUGGGAGAAAGUUUAAGACAAUUACUGUCAGCAUUUUAACUUUUUUAACUCAUACAGAAGGACUCAAAUAAAGUCGGCCUGUACGAUUUGAGGCUGGACACUACAACAAAGAGUUCAACUUUUUUGCCCAAUCAAUUGUAAGAAGGAACACCUCAUUAAAGAUCAGGGGCUGUAUCCACAGAGCUUCCUCAUACAAAGAGUUGCUUCUGGUGACAAAAUUAUUAGAACUUUCUUAGAAUUAUGACUUUUUCUAAGAAUUUCCCCAUACAGUUAAGACUAGGUCCUAGAAAAGAUAAAAGUUAUUCAAAAAGCACCUUAGCUCUUAAAAGAGCUCUUAAGAUGAAUAACUGUUGGGAGUAUAGAGGAGGACUUUUAAGAGUAUCUUAAGCAGAGGAGGAAAUGGCAGAAAUACAAAGAUUAGAGAGAUUUUCCAAAUGCUGAAUGUCAGUGAGUCAAUGAAAUGCUACAGAUUAGAUGGUGCAGGCAUGCUGUUUGUGGUUAAUCUCAUGAGAGAUGUGCUCACAUCUCUGCCCAGCAAUAAUGAUAUAACACUAGAAAUAAAGUGAUCACAACACUAAGAUAUCUGGAAAAAUGCAACAGUGCAGCAGUGAUGACUCGGGUCUGUCUCAACCUUCUAUCAGCAGAGUGAUCACACUAACAAUGCCAACACUUUGUCUCAUAUUGUGAUGCAGUUCAUUUUAUUUCCACCGGGUGUCUGCACUCCUUCUGUCUCAUCCUUGCUCAGAGUGGCUA